CCAGUUUUGACACACCCAUUUCUGAGACGCACACACCCAGCUGUUUCUGAGGCAGUUAGAGCAGCAAUGAGAUAAAAGCAGAGCAUAAAUGAACAUUCUUAAAAAUGGGAAAGAAAAAAGUGUCUAUCUGACAUCAUAGGAGGAAGAAAACACAGACGGUAGACUUUUCUGCACUGAAAUACAUGGUUUCCCCCUCAUACAAGUAGAAGAAAUUUGCAAGACGACCUGGCUGAUACAGUGGGAGUGUUUAUGGAAUCUAGUACAUCACACUGGGAAGUGGUACUCCUUUCAUUUCUUCUUGAGUCAGUUUUGAUAUCAGAAUGGCAGCACAGCUAAACCUGCCAGAAAAUACAGAUGACUGGACAAAAGAGGAUGUAAAUCAGUGGUUAGAAAGUCAUAAAAUUGACCAAAAACACAGGGAAAAAUUGAUGGCACAAGAUGUGAAUGGAGGAGUCUUGAAGUGGUUAACUAAAAGUGACCUCAUUGACAUGGGCCUAACACAUGGACCAGCUAUCCAAAUAGAACAUCUAUUUAGAGAACUGCAGAAAAUACACUCUGAAGAUCCUACUCAGGCAUGUAAGAGGAAAAAAGGCAGUAAAAAUGUUCCUAAAACACAAGCUUUGAUGAAAGAGGAAAAUGAAGCUUCAAAGCAAAAACAAAAUGAUAAAGAGAAAUCAGAUAUGCCUAAUGCCUCUACAGUUACUACAGUUUCUGAGUCACUAAAAAAUGAGUCCAUGUUAGAUGAAAUAGAUGGCACAAAGGAAAAGCAGCCAUCCGUAGAACUGACAUGUGUACCAUACCCUUUUGAUGAAUUCAGUAAUCCAUAUCGUUACAAAGUGGAUUUUUGUUUACAGCCUGAAACAGGACCACUCAAUCUCAUUGAUGCAAUACAUGAAUUCAAAACCUUCACAAAUACAAAAACAGCCACAGAAGAGGACAUUAAAAUGAAAUUUAGCAAUGAAGUCUUCCGAUUUGCUUCAGCUUGUAUGAAUUCACGAACCAAUGGCACCAUUCAUUUUGGAGUCAAAGACAAACCCCAUGGAAAAAUUGUUGGCGUGAAUGUCACCAAUGUCACCAAAGAAGCCCUCAUUGAGCACUUUGAUCUGAUGAUCCACCAGUAUUUUGAAGACCAUCAGGUCCAAAUAGCAAAGAAGUGCAUUCGAGAGCCAAGAUUUGUAGAAGUUUUACUGCCAAAUAGUACUCCAUCUGACAAAUUUGUUAUUGAAGUGGAUGUCAUUCCGAAAUACUCUGAAUGUGGACAUGAUUAUUUCCAGAUUAAAAUGCAAAAUUGCAACAACAAAAAAUGGGAACAAAGAACAAAAUUCUCGGUCUUUGUGCGAGAUGGGGCCAGCACUAAAGAUAUCAUGAAAAAUAAUGCAGAAUUCAAAGACUUUACAUUAGGUUUAAAAACACUGGCAAAGUCAAGACAAGAAGCAGAAGAAAAAUGUAGAGUAAAAACAAAUAAAAAAGAGAGUGAGGGACCAAAGCUUACUCAAUUGUUGACGGGAAAUCAGGACUUGUUAGAUAAUUCAUACUAUGAAUGGUACAUUCUUGUAACAAAUAAAUGCCACCCUAAUCAAAUAAAACACUUAGAUUUCCUAAAGGAAAUUCCAUGGUUUGCUGUGUUGGAGUUUGAUCCUGAGUCUGUAAGCAAGGGUGUAGUGAAUGCUUACAAAGAAAGCCGAGUGGUAAACCUUCACUUGCCAAGUCUGUAUAUAGAGGGGAAAACCACAACAGAUGAGAAGAUUUCUAGCCUGAAUCUUUACCAACAACCCAGCUGGAUUUUCUGCAAUGGCAGGUUAGACCUUGAGAGUGAAAAAUAUAAACCCUUAGAUCCAAGUUCCUGGCAAAGAGAAAAAGCAUCUGAAGUCAGGAAAUUGAUAUCAUUUCUUACACAUGAAGACAUAAUGCCAAGAGGGAAGUUUCUGGUGGUAUUUCUAUUACUCUCCUCCGUGGAUGACCCAAGAGACCCCCUCAUUGAGACAUUCUGUGCUUUCUACCAAGAUCUCAAAGGAAUGGAGAAUAUAUUGUGCAUUUGUGUACACUCACACAUAUGUCAGAGAUGGAAAGAUCUACUUGAAGCAAGAUUAAUAAAAAAACAAGAUGAAUUAUCAAGCCAAUGUAUUUCUUCUUUAAGUCUUGAAGAGAUAAAUGGUACUAUUCUUAAACUAAAAUCUGUGACUACAUCCUUAGAGAGGUUUUUGCCAUCUAUUGGUUCAUCUUCUGUCCUUCUGAAAAGGGAAGAAGAUACCAUGACUGCUCUGGAAAUUCUCUGUGAAAAUGAAUGUGAAGGUACACCCUUAGAAAAGGACAAAAAUAAAUUUCUUGAAUUCAAGGCUUCAAAAGAGGAAGACUUCUAUCGAGGUGGUCAAGUAUCCUGGUGGAACUUCUACUUUUCUUCUGAAAGUUAUUCUUCACCUUUUGUCAAAAGGGAUAAAUAUGAAAAACUUGAAGCAAUGAUUCAAAGCUGUGCAGAUUCUUCUAAGCAAACAUGUGUUAAAAUUAUUCAUCUGUAUCAUCACCCAGGCUGUGGCGGGACUACUUUGGCUAUGCAUAUUCUUUGGGAACUAAGGAAGAAAUUCAGAUGUGCUGUGCUGAAAAACAAGACAGUAGAUUUUUCUGAAAUUGGAAAACAAGUGACUAAUUUAAUCACCUAUGGGGCAGCAAACAAUCAAGAAUACCUACCUGUACUGCUUCUUGUUGAUGAUUUUGAAGAACAAGGUGAUAUCUAUCUUCUGCUGGCCUCUAUUCAAACAGCUAUAGCUAGUAAGUACAUUCGAUAUGAGAAACCUUUAGUGAUCAUCCUAAAUUGCAUAAGAUCACAGAAUCCUCAAAAAUGUGUAAAGAACUCAGACAGUAUCGCCCUAAUACAACAACUAUCUUCCAAAGAACAGAAAGCUUUUGAGCUUAAAUUGAAAGAAAUUGAAGAGCAACACAAAAACUUUAAAGAUUUUUAUUCCUUCAUGAUCAUGAAAACCAAUUUUAAUAAGGAGUACAUAGAAAAUGUGGUCAGGAAUAUCCUAAAAGGACAAAAUAUUUCCACCAAGGAAGCAAAGCUCUUUUCUUUUCUGGCUCUUCUUAAUUCAUAUGUGCCUGAUACCACCAUUUCACUUUCACAAUGUGAAAAGUUCUUAGGAAUAGCAACCAAGAAGGCUUUCUGGGGAACAGAAAAAUUUGAAGACAAGAUGGGCACCUACUCUACAAUUCUGAUAAAAACAGAGGUGGUAGAAUGUGGAAAGUACUCUGGAGUGCGCAUUAUUCACCCUUUAAUUGCCACUCGCUCACUGGAAGAAUUGAAGAUAAGCUAUCAUUUGGAUAAAAGCCAAAUUAUUUUGGAUAUGCUAACAGAAAAUUUGUUCUAUGAUACUGGUAUAGGAAGAAGCAAAUUUCUCCAAGAUAUGCAAACACUGCUGCUCACAAGACAGCGCAAUGAACGUGAAGGUGAAAUGGGAACUUGGUUUUCCCCAUUCAUUGAAGCAUUACAUAAAGAUGAAGGGAACCCAGCAGUUGAAAAAGUAUUGCUGGAAGGUAUUCGUCGGUUCAACCCAAAUGCAUUCAUUUGUCAAGCCUUGGCAAGACAUUUCUACAUUAAAGAGAGGAACUUUACCAGUGCCCUUCAUUGGGCAAGUCAAGCAAAAAAGAUAGAACCUAGUAAUUCUUAUAUUUCUGAUACACUGGGUCAAGUCUACAAGAGUAAAAUAAGAUGGUGGAUGGAAAAUAAGGAAAGAAAGAACACUUCAGUUGCUGAUCUAAUUGAUCUUUUGGAUUUAGCAGUAAGUGCCUCAAAUGCAUUCAAAGAAUCUCAACAGCAAAGUGAAGACAGAGAGAAUGAGGCGACAGAAAGGUUUUAUCAGAAGUCAAAGAGGCGGUAUGAUACUUACAAUAUUGCUGGUUAUUAUGGGGAGAUAGAAGUUGGGCUCUACACAAUCGAGAUUCUCCAGCUCAUUCCUUUUUUUGACAAUAAUAAUGAACUAUCUAAAAAAGAGAUGAUCAAUUUUAUAUCAGGAAGUAGUGAUAUUCCUGGGGAUCCAAACAAUGAAUUUAAAUUAGCCCUCAAGAACUUUAUUCCUUAUCUAACUAAUUUGAGAUUUUCUUUGAAAAAGUGCUUUGACUUUUUUGAUGAUUAUUUUGUCCUUCUAAAACCCAGGAACAACAUUAAGCAAAAUGAACAGUCCAAAACUCGGAAAAAGGUAGCUGGAUAUUUUAAAAAGUAUGCAGAUAUAUUUGGUCCCUCAGAGGACUUACAAGACAAAAAUCUCAGAUCAAAGCUUAGUUUGCCACUUCAAGUAGAACUGUGUUGGAAAAGCCUAGAAGUUUCAAAAGCAGACAAGUUUUCUGGGCUCUUGGAAUACCUAAUCAAAAAUCAAGAAGAGGCUAUUAAACCCAUGGAAGAUAUAGUGAAACAAUACACUUUUCUCAUUGAACAAUACGCUGUCAGAAUCCAGCCAAAGGAAAAGCAAAAUUUCAUCUUGGCCAAUAUCAUUCUCUACUGUAUUAAACCUACCUCCAAAUUUGUAAAGCCAAUUAAAAAACUGAAAGAUCAGCUUCGAGAAGUCUUGCAACAAACAGGACUGCAUCAUCGAUUUUCAGAACCUUAUUUCCUAGCUUCCCUCUUAUUCUGGCCAGAAAACCAACAACUAGAUCAAGAUUCUAAACAAAUGGACAAGUAUACUCAGUCACUGGAAAAUUCUUUCAGGGGACAAUAUAGACAUAUGUAUCGUACAAAGCAACCAAUUGCAUAUUUCUUUCUUGGGAAAGGUAGCAAUAUGAACAGACUUGUCCACAAAGGGAAAAUUGAUCAGUGCUUUGGAAAGACACCUGAUAAUUCCUUGUGGCAGAGUGGAGAGGUAUGGAAGGAGAAAAAAGUCCAAGAACUUUUGCUUCGUUUAAAGGGACGAGUUGAACAUAAUUGUUUAUACAUAGAAUAUGGAACCAAUGAAAAAAUCACAAUACCCAUCACACCUACUUUCUGGGGUCAGCUAAGAAGUGGUAGAAGCAUAGAAAAAGUGUCUUUUUACCUGGGAUUUUCCAUUGGAGGCCCACUUGCUUAUGACAUUGAAAUUAUUUAAGAGUUUGAUUUUCUCUCUCCAGGAAUGUAGUCUCAAUAUCAUUUUUUUGAGACCCAAGACCUUUACUUUAAAUUACUGUUAAGUAUGUUAUGAGUCCUACACAGACUGUAGAAAAAAAGAAGUGUGGAAUGUAUCAAAUAUCUUACUUGGUAUGGAUAACAGCAUCAAGAACAAAAUAAAAAGGAGCUCUGUAUGGAAUUAGGACAAACGAAUGUAUUACAUCAGCCACAGAGCCUCAUAAAACUUCCCCCAAUUACCCAACCAAGGCAUGAACUGAGAAAGAGUGUCUCCUUUCUUCUCAAUUGUAAAAACUUUUCAGAAUAGGAAAACAUAGUUAUAAUUCUAAGACAUGACAAUACCUCAGAGACCAUUUCAUUAAAAAAUGAAAACUUCUCAAGCUAAGGAGCAAUAUUUAUUCUUACCAAGCACACUAGGGCUCAAGGAUCUUUCAAAGCAGAUGGAGCAACCAAUUCACUGAAAGUCAAACCCAUAGAGCCAGCAGAUCUUACCAAAGUAGGCUGGAGAAUUAGACUGCCUUUUCAUGCAGUAGGAGGUGGUUGAGCAAAACUGAAAAAAAAAAGUGAGUUUAUAGACCUCUGCACAAGCAAAAAUACACCCAAACUCCAAAAUUAAUGAAAAAAAAAGGACUCUUGUGAAAAAAGACUAAUUUGUCCCCCAUCCAGAAGGUCCUAACAUACUGGCAAUACAUACAUAUAAGCUAUGCAUUGAAUAAGCACAACCAGUAAAAAGUAAUCAAAAUGCAAUUUUUCUCUAAUAAAAUUAUGAACAUGAACAAUCAUCAACAAUUGCCAAAACAAGUAAAAAGCUGAUAAACAAUUUUAUGGCAGAUAAUUCAGACUUUCCUAAAUCCUGAUCAAUAUUAACAGAAAAAGCCAGACGUUAUAGAACUACCGGAGUGCACACAUCACCCAUGACACACUCUUGCCAAGUAACGGGACCUGAGCUUUACCAAACCUCUGGAUCUUUCUUACAAUGAAAGAAAAUAGAUGUUGGAUAUGCCUCAAAGUAAUUCCAUGUGUAAGGAAUAGAGAUGGUGAGAGGACAGUAGGUAAGCAGUACAGCUGCAACAAGAUUGGACUGGAGUUAAUCACCACAUGAUGCAUAUAUGGAAGUUCAUUAUACUCUUUUCUUGUCUUUGGACUGUGCUUUUAAAAUUUUGUUAUAAAAACAAAAAAAUUCA